CGACUUAUCGCGCAACGAUUGGGCCGCAAAUUUUAACCCUUUCUUUUCUUAUUUUCCAGCCCAACCACUCUUGAGCAAGGAAAAAGGACCAAAAAGAAAAAGAAGAAAACGCUAUCAAAAAAGUUUAUCUUUGUUUUCUUGGUUUUUUUUUAUAUUCUGAAGCAACAAGUAUUUCUUUGGUGAGCAAGCAGAAACCCUAGUUUGAGCCUACCUGUCCUUUUCUUCAAAAGAACCUUGUCAAAUUUUCGCGUAAUUUAUCGUCUAUAUGGACUCUACUGAGCAACAACAGCAGCCGGUUUUGGAAUCUUUGCCGCCAUCCGCCCAGUUGGCCCUUCGUCAUGCUCAAGCUGAAGCAGCCCAUGCCGGUGUCGACACCACCACCGUCGAUGAGCCCGUGGUCCCUAGCGCAGAUGAUCCCGUAGUGGUCGACAAUACAGCUUUCGCUGAUCCUCUCAUCGCCGGUGACUAUCCUACGCCUAUUGGCAAACCGGUAGCCGUGGCUCCCGUGAAGAAGGAAAAGAAGAAGGAUGCCAAACUCGACUUAUCCUCGGAAUCCGCGUUCCCAUCUCUGUCUUCUGCUGCUGCUCCUCGAAGCCCCGUCGUGUCCGGAUGGUCCACCACCGCUUCGCGUGUGAAGUCCCAGCCUGUCUCUGGACGUACUCACUCUCCUGCUGCUGGGUCUCCUGGAACCGGAAAGAAGGCCGCCACAUCCAUCACAGAUGUUUUGGAAUUGCCCGCCAACCAACAAAUUGUGAAUCAACCAAGCAAGCCACUCGGUUUCAAAAGCAGUGCUGAUGUGCUUCAGCAGGUCAUGAGCAAAACAAGCACCAACAUCAUCGCUUCCACCAAUCGUGUCGGUACUACCACCUUCCUCAUCCAAGGUAACCCGACCGAUGUCGCCAAAGCCAAACGAGAGUUGGUCGCUGGUCUCGUUGUCAAGCGUACCGUCGAGGUCAUGGUGCCCUCUUCCACUCGUCGUUUCAUUAUUGGUACCAAAGGCAGCACCUUGAAACAAAUCGAAACUAAAUCAGGUACUCGUAUCAAUAUGCCUCCUCGCAAGGAAGGCGAGGAACCUUCCCAUGAGACCGAAAUCGAUGAAAUGGUGCCCAUCACUAUUGUUGGCGAUGCAGCGGGUAUCAAUAUCGCUAAAUCAGAAAUCGAAAAGAUUGUGGGAGAAAAGGCUGCCAAGCAGACCAUUCGUGUGGACACGAUUGAUCCUUGCUAUCAUCUUUUCUUGGCAGGUCCUCAUGACAGCGCUGUCAAGAACUUGGAAAGCGAGCUUAAUGUCAAGAUUCAAAUGCCCGCGAUUGGAUUAAUCCAGGGUACUACGACGGAUGACGGAGAAACGAAGCGUGAGACCGGAAUCCUUAUUACAGGUGAUAAGGACAAGGUGUUGCAGGCCAAGCAGUCCCUGGAGGACCGCUACGCUGAGUUGCAAAAGACCCAUCGUAGCGCGGCGAUUGGCAUCCCGAAACGCCAGCACAAGUACCUCUACGGUAAGAAUGGUGCUACAUUGAAGGAAAUUUUGAACGAGUGUGGUUGUACCGUCGAGUUGCCUCCUCUGGAUGAUCCUUCCGAGAACGUCACUAUUCGCGGUCCCGAUGAACGCUUGAUCAACGGUUUAUCGCUUGUGAUGGAGAAAGCGCGAUCGGUCCAUGUCAACGUCCUUGAUCUUGCCGAAAUGCACAAAUCCGCUCCCAACUCGUUGCAGCACGGUCAAUGCAUGUUGAAGUACUUGCUGGCCAAGGGAAGUUUGAAGACGAUUGAAAACGAGCAAAAGGUCCAAGUCGGUACUCCUACCGCCAAGGAAUUGAAGAACUCGGUUCCCCUUGAAUUUGUCAGCAAAAACGAAAAGGAUGCUGCUGAAGGCUACAAGGCCGGUUUUGAAUUGUGUCGCGCAUUGACGCCUGAGCUCUUUGCCACGGUCAAUAUUGAGCCUCAUCUUUACCGUCAUAUUCGUGUGCGUCACGCCAAGGCUUUGCAGCGUAUCAAGUCGCGCCACGGAGUGGAAGUUAUUGUUCCCAAGGAUAACGAAGAAGAAGAUCCCAUUUUUGUCGUGUUUGAAAGCAAGGACGAAGCUUUGGAUCGUCAACAAUCUCUGGAAGGCGCCACGGCUGAGCUUAUGAAGAUUGCAUCUGAUUUGUCUGAUUUUGUAAGCAAGACCAUUCAGGUGCCCAGUGAAUAUCAUCGUCUGAUCACUGGUCCCAAGGGUACCACCUUGAAUGCUAUUAUUGGUGGCGACGAAUCCACGGCCACGGUUCGUUUCGGCGGUGCCUCCAAAGAUGACGUGAUUGUCCGUGGUUUGACCAAUGAAGUCUCUCACAUUAUUGCUGAAAUCAACAAGGUGUAUGAAGCUGCCAAGCAUGAAGAGUUUGUCAACUCUUACACCACGGAAUUCAGCAUUCCUGCCAAUUAUUCCGCUCACGUGAUUGGAAAGACUGGAACCAACAUCAACAAGUUGAAAGAAGAUUUGGGCGUAAAGAUUGAUAUUGGCGAUGCAGCCAAGGGUGGAGAUGGGUUCGAGUCGGCAUCCAAGUCUGGCAAGAAGGGCCAGCAACAGGUCAAGGUCGUCAUUCAGGGUAUCAAGACCAAUGUGGAAGCGGCCAAGGAACGCAUUUUGGCGCUUGUCAAUACUUUGGCCGAUCAGGUCACCCUUACAUUGAAUGUUCCCAAAGAAUUCCAUCGAUUCCUUAUUGGUCCCAACGGUCGCUACGUGAAGAAACUGGAAGACAAAUACAAUGUGUUUGUCAAGUUCCCUCAUUCCAAGGGCGAUGCCAGUCCUUCGACCGAUACUUCCGGUGCUAUCACUAUCCGUGGACGCAAGAAGGACGCUUCAUCAGCCAAGGAAGAACUGGUGGAAUUGUAUGAAUACGAAAAGGAGGAACAGGAAAAGCGUCGUGAAAGAGAAGCGAAGCAUCGUCAGUACGAAGAGAAGAGGGCUGCUGCGGCCGCUGCUAAAGAGUCCUCCACAGCAGAGAGCAGUAAUUAAAAAUUGGCAGACUGUAGAAGUAUAUCAUCCCUUUUUUUUUCGUUAUCCUGCUUUAGCUUGUUAUAUUUUUUCUACUUUCGCAUUUUUUUUUUUUUUU